AUCAGUUCUCACCACACAUCUAAGUUAAGGUUUAAUUGCACAAGUCUCAACAAAAAAAAAAUGAAAAUCUUUGUUUGGGCAAACUUCUUUCUUCUAAUUCCUUGCUUUGUAGUAGCCGUUUACAAUCUUUAUCUCUCACUUCUCUUUUUUCUUUCUCUUGUAUCUCUCUCCCCCUUCUUUGCUAACGUAUGGUUAGUCCCUGGUGGGUUUGCAUGGAGAAACCCUAAUUUAAACCCAAGUAAGAUCCCUGGUCCAAUUGGCUGGCCAUUCCUAGGGAUCUUACCUGAAAUGGGUUCUCAUGCUCAUCGUAAACUGGCCUCUAUGGCAAGCUCAAUGGGUGCAACUCGUCUUAUGGCGUUUAGCCUUGGUUCAGUUCGUGUGGUAAUUACUAGUCACCCUGAGACUGCUAAGGAGCUCUUGUGCGGCAGUGCCUUUUCAGACCGUCCUGUAAAGGAAUCAGCUAGUUUGUUGAUGUUUGAGCGAGCCAUUGGGUUCGCACCAUCUGGGAAGUAUUGGAGACAUCUAAGGAAGAUUGUAGCACAGCACAUGUUCUCUCCUAAAAGGGUUUUGAGCCUCCAGUGUCUUAGACAAAGUGUGUGCGACGAAAUGAUGGAUAAAGUGUUCGACGAGAUGAAUAAGAAAAAGAGUGUGGAGUUAAGAGGGAUAUUCCAAAAAGGUUCUCUGAAAAGUGUUAUGGAGAGUGUGUUUGGGAGUGGAUUAGGCUUUAAAAAAGAAGAAGAAUUAGGGUUUAUGGUGAAAGAAGGGUAUGAGUUGAUCGGUGAAUUUCAGUGGGGCGAUUAUUUUCCAAUUAAGGUUUUGGAUUUCACUGGGGUCAAGAGGAGGUGUCAUAAGCUGACUUUGAAAGUCAAAAGUCUUGUAGGUCAAAUUGUUGAGGAAAGAAAAAGAGACGGUGGAGGUAUUAACAAUGGGAAGAAUGACUUUCUUAGCGUAUUACUGUGUCUGCCUAACCAGGAUCAACUCACCGAUGCUGAUAUGGUGGCUGUUCUGUGGGAAAUGAUCUUUCGAGGAGUUGAUACGGUUGCUAUCCUUCUGGAAUGGAUCAUGGCAAGAAUGGUUAUGCACCAAGACAUUCAAGCAAAGGCUCAAGAAGAGAUUGAGGAGCACGUUGGCAAACUCAGACCCGUUCAAGACUCUGAUAUCCCAAAUCUUGUUUAUGUUCAAGCCAUAGUGAAAGAGGUCCUUAGGUUGCACCCUCCGGGACCUUUACUUUCUUGGGCUCGCCUUGCGACUCAUGAUGUCCAGUUAGGUAAGUUCUUUGUGCCAGCAGGGACUACUGCAAUGGUUAACAUGUGGGCAAUCACACAUGAUCCUUCCAUAUGGAAAAACCCAUGGGAUUUCAAUCCCGAAAGGUUCAUGGAAGAGGACUUUCCAAUCAUGGGUUCGGACCUUAGGCUUGCACCAUUUGGUUCAGGUCGAAGGGUUUGCCCAGGAAAGUCGCUUGGGCUUGCCACAAUUCAUUUGUGGCUUGCACGACUUCUCCAACAAUACAAGUGGCUUCCAAUUCCAUCCACAAAAGUAGACCUCUCAGAGUGUCUUAAGCUCUCACUUGAGCUACAGACACCACUGACCUGUCGUGCACUUGUACGAUAGAACUCUUUUUUUAUGUGCACCUUGAUGAUGAUUUUACAUGUUAAUUGUACUAUUAUAAGGAAAAAAGUUCCUUUAAAUAGUAAUUAAAUAAGUUACAUGCUACGUGCCUUGGUACUAGCCGUCACAUAGCAAGGUCCACUUCGCGCUUUUGCAUCUCUAUCCUUGAACCUGUAUUUGUACAUAUCCUUCAAUAACUAGAAGUUCGUUCCAAGUUAGACGAUUAAUCACUGUAUCAGUU